AAUUUUAGCAGAGCUUAAACAAAUGAGGUAAAUGUUUAUAGUUUCAAAACAUUUGAUAUAUUUGUAGUUGCCGCCAAAAAUAACGUCCGAAUCUGUCAAAAUUUCACUCGAAAUUUGAAAGACGGAAAUUCUUUUUUGGAAUUGUUAUUUUUUUGUAAUCACCAGCGUUGUUGUAAAUUAGUGGAUAUUCUUAUGCGGGCUUUAGUGGAAUAAUUGAGUAAUCAAUUAUGGAGAACGAAGACAAUGUAUUGGAAAAUGAAGAUGUAACAAUUAGUAAAGCAAUGAAGGAUAUAUACCUGUCCUGUGACAUGGAUGGCAUCAACAAAGUGCUGGUUUCCAAUCUAGUCGAGUUUAUAAAACCAUUUAUGCCAGACCAUGAGUCUGAAUUGCUAGAGUUGCAGGCAGCUCUUGAUCCUGAAAAUGUGAAUCCUUUAAUAUCCAGCUCAUUCUUCUACAAUGUGAUGACUGAAUGGGCCAAGAAAGUCAAUGAGGAGGCAUCCAAUUCAAAAGAAACUGACUUUCUUAAUAUGACCCCAAACAUUGAAAUGGGAAAAUUUGAUGACAACCAGUUUGUUCCCUAUGUGCAAUCCACUCCUCGAUCCAGUUUUGGUAAUAGAUUUCUAAGAGGAUAUGUGGAAUUAAACAAGUCACUGCAAACAAGUUUCUUGAACAAUACACAAGGUGGUGCACUGGAUAAGACGUUUUACGAAGAUCAGAUCAAUGAACUCGUGCAUCAGAAUCGCAAAGGAGCGAAUGAAUUGUCGCGUGUGAAAUUGCAGCUGGGCAAUGCAGAAGAGCAAAAUGAAAUUCUUCAAGCGGAAUUGAAAAAAAUUAACAAACUGUUAACGCAUGAACACGAAGUGAAUGAGAAUUUGCAGAAAGAAAGGACGGACUGCGAAGAUUUGCGCGAUGCGUCUUUGAAUGCGAAACAACAAUUGGACAAACUGGUCAGGCAGUUGAGCAGUAUGGAGAAGGAAAACGCCAAUUUGAAGCAGCAAGUUAAAGAUAUCGAAAAAGAAAAAGUGCAGUGUGAGGAGAAAAACGUUCGCAUCAUUGCGAAAAUGGAAGAGACUAGGAGAUCGUUUAUAGAGUUACAGACUGAGCAAAACUAUAAAGACAAAGAAAUGGCGCAACUGGAGCAAAUCAAUAUGGAUAUUAUGAAGGAAGUGGAUGAGCAUAAGAAAAUCAUUGAUGAUUAUAAAGAUACAAUCGAGUGUCUGCAGGUUGAGAAGAAUAAGUUGGAAAGAAUGCUUCAUGAAAAGAUGAAAAAUUCGUCGAGAAGGCAUUCGGCUUCUUUUAGUGAGUAUAAAAAUUCUUCAAUUCUCAUUCAACAGAAAUCGCCACACAACACAUCCGUUCACCAUUCCAAUACAAGCGCCACUCAAGUACCAUUCGUUCCGGCCGUCUCCACUGAUAGAUUCGAGUUCUUCAACAUCGACAGUCCCUACGCUCGCAGGAAGUAUCACAGCAUAAUUUUGGAUAGGUCGGUUCCUGGAGAUGUCAAGGAGAUUCAAACGCUUACACCUACACAAUGCACAAACCACACGAACUCAAAUACAUGCAAAGAUGUUAUACCUUAUAAACCCUUCCAUGUGCCUAAAGGUGACGACGAAGUUGUUAAUUCGCCGCCACCGAUCUUCAUAAUUGGUAGAACUCCACCUAAUCGCAACAACGACAGCAGCAGCGAGGAAGAGUUCAUGUUGAAACUUCAGAUAGCCACCAAUCAAUCUCCACAUCAGAGUCUGCAGUCCGAAUUAUCACAGUUUAAAGAUCAAUUGAUGUCAGACGACAAACACGAUUUGGAUAGUAGCGUACAGAACGACUUCAACGAACAGCAGAAGAACGAACUUUUGAUCAAUCUUUUGCGUGCCGAUUCCGAUAAAUCUAAAAAACAAAUAGCCGAGGACAAAGUCAAAAUAGAGCAGUUGGUUGGCAAUAACGCAGAUCUAGAAAAUAAGCUGAAAGAGUUCCAGGGUAUCAGCGAUAAAUGGAGAGAAUUGGUGGAGAAUUACAAUAAAAUAUUGAUCGAAAAAGAGACGCUUCAGGCGGCAAACGAUACGAAUUCGCAGAAAAUUCGAACCCUGACUACGGACCUAGCCAAUAUACAGAACGAAAACAUUUCCAACUACGACGGUUUAGUCAAAGAUAACGAACAGUUACAAAUCGAACUCGCGCAGUUACGGGAAUACAAAACGAACACGGACAAUCGAUUUAAAGAACUCCAAUCAGAGAUUGCUCAUCUUGCUAAUCAAUUGGAAUCGGAAGUAGAUCAACACAACGAUUCAAAAAAUAAGUUAUCCCAAUUAGAAAAUAUACACAGCAUGCUGGAAGAUGAUUACGACAAGUUGCAAACUAGCUUUGAUUCGUUGUUAGAGCGUUAUAAUGUUGAUACUACAUUGCAUCAAGAGAAUGUGAAUCGUCUAGAGAAACUGAAUUGCGAGAAAGUGCGCGAGAUCGAACAGUUGCAGCGCGAAAUCGACGUCAACAGUAGGAAAUUCAAAUCAGAAAUGCACGAAGUCAACAUGAAAUUGGACAGGUUGCACAACGAAAACAGCAGUUGGAUUAUGCGACAAACGGAGGCCGAUUCUUUCAGGAAGCGGCUAUCGGAAACAAUUGUUGAGCUGGAAUCUCGGAACAAGAAUUUGAAUGAACUCCUCUGCAACGCUGUAGAAGAUAAGCAAUAUUACGUCAAAAAAUUGGAAGAUGUGGGAAAACAUAUUGAUAGGUCUCAAAUGGACAUGGAUGUGCUGGAGAAAGAAUUCACCAAGCAUUGUCAUAAUAUGUCUUUUCUUGUUAACGAAAAUACUUCGUUACGCAUUGAACUGUCCGAUGUCACUGCGGAUCGUCAGAAGAUCCUCGAAUAUCUCUCUUGUUGCAGUCGCGAACUUAAGGAGAUUCUUUCGACGAGUUCCUAUAAAUGCUUGGACUGUCGGAAAGAACCUACAAUGUUUACUAAUUACGAUACAGUUUUGUCGCAAUACUUGGAGAGUCAAAGUUGCGUAUUAGAAUUCCACAGGACAAACUUUGAGAAUUCACUGACAAAGCUCAAUGGUGAUUUGCGUUCGAAGGAUCUGGAAAUACUAAAUUUGCGAGAGAGAUUAGAUAUGAAGGAGAGGGAGCUCGUGCAGUCCAGUAAAGAGGAGUUGAGCGAAGAUGAUGUGCGGCCGCAGCAUUCAAGAAACGUGGAUAGCAAGAGAAAUAAACACGGCCGCUUGCAAUAUAAAUUGGAUAAGCUUGAGGAUAAAGUGAUUUAUUUCCAAGAGCUGCUGGAGAAGGAGCGAAAGGAAAAGGAUAAAUUGAGCGUCGAGUGGAAGCAGAAACUGGCGAAUUUGGUGAAAGAUAAUGAAAUGAAGUUGGAGAAGGAUUCUGCUUCUACAAAUGUGAUCAUCUUUGAUAAUAGACAUCGGUUACGGAGGUCAAUCUUUAACUUCGUGAAGAAAUGGAGAUACGUCCUGGAAAAAAUCCCAUCCAUGGAGGACGUUCUUGAUAAAAUCGACAACGACGAGCAUGUGCUCUCUGAUCGCAACUACGACAGACUGAUAGAUAAAGAAUUGUUCCUUCUGAAAAUCGAAGUUCAAUUAAUUAUAAAUAUGCUUGAGCGUUUGGGUGAAAUAGAUUUCAUCGAUCUAGUUCAUUUAUUAGAGCGCAAAACAGUGUUCUCCUUUUCGGUUCCCGCUAAUUGCACGAGUAAUUCAGGUUUUACACUGAAACCUCCAACUCUGUUGGCGCGACCAGUGAGUCCGGACAGUCCAUCGGUGGAACAGGAAAUAUCGCAUACAUCUUUAGCCGAUUAUACUCUGACUGCAAACAACGAUAAACAAGACUUUGUUACUAACAACGACAGCAGGCAGCUCAGUCCAGAUAGUGCUGGCGGUCAAUACGUGGACACGGUCUCCAAUAGUAGUGUUUCUAUAGAAGAAAUCAAUUCGUCGGAUGAUCACCAAGAAGUAAAUAACACGAUCUAUGAAGACGCGGAAACUGGAGACAGACCAAUGUUUGCCUUGAACGGAACCGGUCAAAGUUUCGAAAAUUUUGAACGCGAGAGUUUAACAGACUCGGAGUUGGAAGAGAAGUUUAUGACAUUCGUACUGCAGUUUACGAUGGAAAGCAACACAAUAAAACAACGUUGCGAAAAGCAAUCGGCAGAACUGAACAAGUCCGAAUUGGAAAUGACGACGUUGUUUCAAGAUUUCAAAUGCUUCCUGCAAAGGCACCUAAAAGGGGAAUCUUUAAAGCUAGCGGAAGGAAAGGUAGAGCAGCUGCUGGUGGAUGGGUUACAUCUUUCCCGGUCGGCAGAGCUGUUAGGUGGUUUGAAGCAGGAGAAUCGAAUGCUAAGGGCGAUCAACCUUAUGAUCAACUACGUGUCCACCUUGCGAAAGAAGCUGGACGCUCUGACGCUGAAAUUGCAGCGGUACACAAAUCUUCACCAAGAGCUGGUAUCGGUAUCGGAAUUUCACGCCGAGGUUCCAAGCCCUUCGAGCCGUUCGGAUAGUUUUCUGCAGGUCCUCCGUCGAGGACGGACGUUGGGCGUGGUGAGUAUAUGCUGUGCAGUGCUAAGCAUCGUGUUGGCACUUCUAUUUAUCAGCAGCGGGAUCCUAUGUGCACAACCCAACGAUACUAUUACCGUGGGAGACCUCAUGGAGCUGUUUCUAGCGAGAGAUUACAGCGACGAUCCACCCCCUUCAUAAUCAAUCCCUUUUAUCAUAUGUUACCAAUUCAUAAUUCGUACAUUAUAGAGUAGUAGUAUACUGUGCUGUCGUUUAUAUGUUUUGUUAUUUUUUUGUAUCGUUCCAGUGUUAUUACCUUUUUUUUCUUGUGAUACUAGUCUAACUAGAGAUAUAUUAUGUAUAGGUGAAAAAUGGUUUAUAUGUGUAUAUAAGAUUUAUAUUUUUGCUGAGAUUCAAACGGCAUGCCAAUGUUUAUAUAAAAUGAUUGAUAAAAUAUACAAAAAAAAAAACACGAAAUUUUG